UGUUUCUUCCAUUUGAAAUCGUCUUGAAAGAACACCAUGACUGAGUGAAAAGAGCACAUACAUUUCAUUUUUAUUGAACCAAACGAAAUAAAAAGAAAAAUAGAUUGCUGUCAAUGUUCCACGGGACAAAUUCGAUUGGUUCAGCGAUAAAUUCAUAGUUUUUUUUGUGUGUAUAAUUCGGUUUGCAAGAGCAUUUAGUUGGAUUUCAUUUGUCGAUUACAAUUCGCUAAAAAUAUAUAAAAAGAAAAAAAAAUAAUUGAACAUUCGAAGUGGAGGCAAGAGUUUGUAAAUGUGAGGAAAUUUAUGUAUUUUUUUAGUGCCGUCAUCGUCAAUGUGAAAUCGAAUGUGGACUCAAUAUUUGGAGAAAGAGAAAAAAAAAGGUUUGUGUUUGCCAUCUGUAUUUCGAAUUUUACAUUCCGGAUAAUGUUAAUUUCAAGUGGAAUCGCUUUUUCGUGUGCACUUUUUGUUUUGAAGCCUGGUGGGCUCUCGAACAGUGGACAAUUGCAUUGUAAUUAUGAACUAGCAUCACACAAGUACUAAUCGACGAAACACACAUAUCAGUAUUACACAGCAAAACGAUGAGACAUAUACAUCACCAAUGUGCCAUUGAUUUUUUUUUAUCUUUUUUUGAAUUUGUUUUUGCUUGAUUUUUUUUUCUGCUUGUUGUACAUUGCAUCGCAUCGCAUUUUUCAGCAGCGACUAAAUUACAUCUCAAACCCGAUUCAAGCUGUGUGUGCGUGUAAGAGAGAGAGAGAGAUGAGUGUGUGUAUGGCAGUACGUGCACGUAUAGAAAUUUGUUGUGAAAAUGGUCACAAAAGGAAAGAAAACAACACUUCGCUACUUAAUCGAAACAAAGAUUCGGCAUUUGAAUAAACUCUAUUCCGCUGUGUUUAUUUGUGUGAAGCAGGAUGAAAAUACGAAAAUCGCAAAUAUUUUUGCACCGAAGAUUCGCCAUCGUCGUAGUGUUUCGCGAUGGGAGAAAUAGACAAAAAAACAUGUAGUUGCAUGAUUUUUCGAAAUUGCAUUCGGUGGUGUAUCAGAAUAGCAUCAAUGAAACACACAGAGAGAGAGAGAGAGAAAAAAAUUGAAUUCUCGGUAAAUCAAAUUGAUUGUACAUUUAGAGCUUCCGUUCGGGUUGACCGUACGUUUGCUAUUGGUGUUGUACAUGUAAGCGAUUUUGUUAUUGUGUACAAGUGUAUCGGAGAAUAACUUGAUUCGAGUUAUGUGUUGCUGUUGUGCUUGUCGUUUUGGCAUAUUUUCUUCAUGUCGUUUACAUUUCUUGACUUAGUGUUUGUGUAGAGUGCGGUGAAGAGAUACAUUUUUUUGCCUUCUUUCUUCCUUGGUGUACAAAAUAUACAUUAAUUACAUCAAAACUAAAACACAAUAAAAUAUCCGUAACCUUGUACCGUUCAGUGGGGUUAAUUUUGCCAUUCCGCUGACAGUGUGAAGCGAUGAUUUUUUUUCGUUCGAUGGUUUAUUCGGUACGAGCCCGUACUCUUUGUGUUUAUUUUCUUUUUUUUUUGGAGAAGUAGCGACAAUGUGGCGAUGCAAAACAACAUAAAAAAAAUAAUCAAGAGGUCGCUGGAUAUGUUUCAAGUCUCAGCGGAAUCACAAUAAUAAAAACACGUAAUAUUCGGUUUUUAUUAGAAAGUCGACAAAUUCACUUUGUCUUCGAUGUUGCCGAGUUUUGUGUUGUGUUCGGUUGUUUGGUAUUGUGUCGCAGCCUAGUACAAAAACUACAUGAUUCAUCUUCACAACAAAUGAACAAAUGAAUUUUCAUUGUUCGUCCAAGUUUAUUGAAGGCCAUUCCUGUUUUUUGCGAUACACAUUCAAAUCAUUUGGACACUCAUAACUGUUCACAGUCAAUUGACGCGGCGGGUGUACACAUUUGCAAUAUUCGAACGGUUCGAACCGACGAGCUAUAAUUAUGAUUCGGAAUAAUCCUCCAAAGAGGGAAGGCGGCAAAAUGCGUAUCCGCGCAUUUCCAAUGAAUAUGGAUGAAAAGUACGUAGAGUCAAUUUGGAAUCUUCUACGUAACGCCAUCCAGGAAAUCCAAAAGAAAAACAAUUCAGGACUUUCGUUUGAAGAACUUUACAGAAAUGCGUACACAAUGGUUUUGCAUAAACACGGUGAACGUCUGUACACGGGCCUUAAAGAGGUGGUCACAACUCAUUUGGAAAAACAGGUUCGUGAAGACGUUCUGAAAUGCUUGCACAAUAAUUUGUUGCAAAAAUUGAAUCAAGUUUGGACCGAUCAUCAAACUUCGAUGGUGAUGAUUCGUGAUAUUUUGAUGUAUAUGGAUCGAGUCUAUGUGAAACAAAAUGAAUUUGACAAUGUAUACAACUUGGGUUUAAUCAUCUUUCGAGAUCAAGUUGUUCGGUAUGGAAAAGUGCGAGAUCAUUUACGCAAAACCCUGCUGGAUAUGGUGAUGCUAGAGCGAAAAGGCGAAGUAAUCGAUCAUUUAGCGAUCAAAAAUGCUUGCCAAAUGUUGACCGUGCUCGGUAUCGACAGCCGCUGGGUAUACGAGGAAGACUUUGAGCGUCCAUUCCUCACUCAAUCUGCAUCAUUCUACAAAAUGGAAUCACAGAAAUUCUUGUCAGAAAAUAACGCUAGCGUUUACAUCAAAAAAGUCGAGAGCCGCAUUAUGGAAGAAUCCGAACGUGCAAAACUCUAUCUGGACAAAGACACCGAGCCACGUAUCGUGAAGGUUGUCGAAGACGAAUUGAUCAACAAACACAUGAAAACGAUUGUCGAAAUGGAAAACAGUGGCGUUGUUCACAUGAUCAAAAAUACAAAGACCGAAGAUUUAGCUUGCAUGUAUAAACUGUUUUCCCGUUUGAAUGACGACGCCCUGAAAACCAUUGCCGAAGCAGUUUCAAGCUAUUUGCGUGAACAAGGUCGCAGUUUGGUGACCGUUAAAGAGGACGAACAAACGAAUCCAAUUACAUUCGUACAGAAUUUACUCGAUUUAAAGGAUCGUUUCAAUCACUUUUUGGUACAUUCAUUCAACAAUGACAAAAUCUUCAAGAAUAUGAUUUCAUCCGAUUUUGAGCAUUUCCUCAAUUUGAAUAGCAAAUCGCCCGAGUAUUUGUCACUGUUCAUCGAUGAUAAAUUGAAAAAGAGCAGCCGUGGUAUGAGUGAACAAGAAAUUGAAACCGUUUUAGACAAAACGAUGGUACUCUUCCGAUAUUUACUCGAAAAAGAUGUGUUCGAAAGAUACUACAAAUCACACUUGGCCAAACGUUUGCUACUUAACAAAUCGGUGUCCGACGAUUCGGAGAAGAAUAUGAUUUCGAAGCUUAAGACUGAAUGUGGUUGUCAAUUUACCUCAAAACUAGAAGGCAUGUUCAAGGAUAUGACACUAUCGAAUACCGUAAUGGAAGAAUUCAAGAAUCAUGUCAACAACAACAACAUAUCGUUGAAUGGUGUUGAUCUUACAGUUAGAAUUCUAACCACUGGUUUUUGGCCAACACAGUCGGCUCAAAGUUGUAACAUACCGUUAGCGCCUCAGAAAGCUUUUGAAACGUUCAAAAAGUUUUAUUUAGCACAACAUUCAGGUCGUCAAUUAACGCUACAACCACAAAUGGGUACGGCAUUCAUAAAUGCAGUGUUCCCGCCAAUACCAUCGUCAAAACCAGACGCAAACGGUGUGCAACCAUCAUCAAGCACAUCCAGCACAAGUGAUGGCCCCGUUGGAAACGUAGCCUCGUUCACUAGAAAACAUAUUCUUCAAGUGUCGACUUAUCAGAUGUGUAUUUUGAUGUUGUUCAACACACGUCAGCGCAUGACCUACGAAGAGAUACAACAAGAAACCGACAUCCCGGAAAAAGAUUUGAUUCGUGCAUUGCAAUCGCUGUCGAUGGGCAAGGCCGCACAACGACUUUUAGUGCGAGCUGCAAAAACAAAGGACAUUGAAUCGAACAAUGAAUUUUACGUUAACGACGGUUUUGUCUCCAAAUAUCACAGAGUGAAGAUUCAAACAGUUGCCGCUAAAGGUGAAUCAGAGCCGGAGCACAAGGAAACGCGCAGCAAAGUGGAAGAAGACCGUAAACACGAGAUUGAAGCUGCAAUUGUGCGAAUAAUGAAAUCGAGAAAGAAGAUGGCGCACAAUUUAUUGGUGUCGGAUGUGACAACGCAAUUGCGAAGCCGGUUCCUGCCAUCGCCUGUUGUGAUCAAAAAGCGAAUCGAAGGAUUAAUCGAACGAGAAUAUUUGGCCCGGACUCCAGAAGACCGAAAAGUUUAUGUAUAUUUAGCUUAAGAACCUUAAAACUCAACGUCGAUCAACGAGUUUGUUUUGAUUUCGGCAUCUUAACCCGUGUUUUUUUUUUUUGUUGUUUCUUUUUUCAAAACCAAUGAAACCGCGCGAUGACGACUAGAAAUAUAUAUUGAAAAGCAAAUUUAAAGAAUAAAAGAAAAACUAAAAAUAUGAAGAGAUAUUAGCUUCAGCGCCGCAUUGCGGUCAAUGUAAGAGUAGAAAAUGAUUCAGAAUUUUUUCGAGUUGAAUUUCAUGUGAAUUUCUCUAAUGCUCGGAAAUUUUCAACAAAAAAAGUGAUUUUUUUAUACUUUUACGUCUGUAAGUUUCAUUGGGAUCGCUGGAAAUGGAAGAAAUAAACAAGCAACAUUUAGUGUAAUGCCAGACAAGAAAAAAGAAAAUAAAUAAUUAGCAAGUUAUUAUGCGAGAAAAAUAAAAUCUAAAGAGAAGAGAACACAGAGAAGAAGAAGAAGAAGAAAAAAACACAUUGAAAAUGAGCAAAAAAAAAAAAAUGAUCCGUGUAGAAUUGAACUAAUGAUCCCUUUUAGUCUAAAAUAAUCUACCUAAAAUUACUGUAUUCUAAUCUAUACUUUAUGAUUAUUGAUAAUUAUGGUUAGCUCCUGCCUAUGCGGAGCUCGUCUUAAGUGUGACAAAACAGUUUCUAUUUUCUUCAUUUUCUGCCGUGUCAACGUAAUAAUACAUCCCGUUGGGGCCGGCAGCCUUAUCAUUUCACCACACACACACAUGUUGAUUCUUUUCGUAAUGACAUAUACAUUUUGUUCGUAAAGAUAAUAAUGAAAAUAAACGUAUACAUCUUUCUGUGCAACGCCACACAUAGUACACCCACACACGAUAAGAACAAAGAAUAAAGGAAGAAAACUGGCAAGCGGUUAGGUAUUAUGUGUAAACGCA